UUUAACCAAUAAUUUGCAGAAAAUCAGGCUUUAAUAGUGUCCGUUUAGCUCAAUAAUCAUGACUGAGCAACUAGGCUUAAAAUGGGACCCCAAAAACUUAGAGAUAAGGACAAUGUCUGUGGAAAGGACGUUAGAGCCUUUAGUACUUCAAGUAACUACACUCGUCAAUACGAAAGGGCCCAGCAAGAAGAAGAAAGGUAAAUCUAAACGUGCCAAUGCCCUUGUCAGCACCGUUGAAAAAGCCACAGAGAAUUUCAUUGAGAAGGGCGAACAAAUUGCUUAUGAGAACCCUGAUAUUACCACUGAAAUGUUAAAUGCAGUACAGGAAGUUAAGAAGACAGGCAACGCAAUGAGUAUCGCAGCUCGGGAGUUCUCCGACGACCCAUGUUCGUCCCUCAAACGCGGCAACAUGGUGAGGGCAGCUAGAAACCUGCUGUCCUCCGUGACCAAGCUACUGAUCCUCGCCGACAUGGUCGACGUCCACUUGCUGCUCAAGUCGGUCCACAUCGCCGAAGACAACUUGGAAAAGGUGAAGAACGCGUCCAGCAACACCGAACUGAUGGACAACAUCAAGGCGUUCGGAUUGAACGCCAACGACCUGAUGAACCAGGCAGCUAAACGGCAGCAGGAACUGAAAGAUCCGCAAUUGCGCGACGAUCUGGCCGCGGCUAGGGCCGUUUUAAAGAAACAUUCCACAAUGUUGCUAACCGCUUCCAAAGUGUAUGUCCGUCAUCCGGAAUUGGCGGCGGCUAAAGCUAACAGGGACUACGUGCUUAAGCAGGUUUGCGAGGCCGUUAACACGAUUAACGACGUUUGCCAGGGUAGGACCCAACAACCGGCCACAGGCCCAUACGAUGGUCCCGGUGAGCUUGCCGCUGCGCUUGACGAUUUCGACGAUCACACAAUUAUGGAUCCGUUGCAAUACAAGGAGGAGCGCAUGAGGCCCUCCUUGGAGGAACGUUUGGAAAGCAUCAUAAGUGGAGCGGCUCUUAUGGCCGACUCCAGCUGCACCAGGGACGAGAGGCGUGAGAAGAUCGUCGCCGAAUGCAACGCCGUUCGUCAGGCGUUGCAAGAUUUGCUCUCCGAAUACAUGUCGAACAUGGGUAAUGGGGAAAAGAGCGAAGGUCUUGGACGUGCUAUCGACAAUAUGGGCAGGAAAACAAGAGACUUAAGAAGACAGCUCAGAAAAGCUGUUGUUGAUCAUAUUUCCGACAGCUUCUUGGAAACCAACGUUCCUUUAUUGGUACUAAUAAAGGCUGCUCAAAACGGCAACGAAAAAGAAGUGGAAGAAUACGCCCUCGUAUUCCAGGAACAUUCCAAUAAAUUAGUCGAGGUUGCCAAUCUAGUUUGUAGUAUGUCAAAUAACGAGGAUGGCGUUAAAAUGGUCCGCUACGCGGCUGCUCAAAUAGACAAUCUAUGCCCAGAAGUGAUCAACGCCGCCAGAAUUUUGGCUGCCCGACCAAGAAGUAAAGUUGCUCAAGAGAACAUGGAGGCAUUCAAGCAAUCUUGGGAGAAUCAAGUGAGAGUCUUGACUGAGGCAGUGGACGAUAUAACCACCAUCGACGACUUCCUGGCUGUAUCCGAAAAUCACAUUUUGGAGGACGUGAACAAGUGCGUGCUGGCACUUCAGGAAGGUGACGCUGACACCUUGGAUAGAACCGCUGGGGGAAUUAGAGGCAGGUCCACCAGGGUGUGCAACGUAGUUACCGCAGAAAUGGACAAUUACGAGCCUUGCAUCUACACCAAGAGAGUGCUGGAGGCCGUUAAAGUGUUGAAUGAACAAGUCAUGCCUAAGUUUACGCAGAGGGUGCAGGUGGCCGUACAGGCUUUGUCCAGCCAUCCACCGAAGGAAGUGGACGAAAACGACUUCAUCGAUGCUUCCAGAUUGGUUUACGAUGGCGUCAGAGAGAUUAGACGUGCAGUUUUGAUGAACAGAGCUGACGAGGACUUGGAUCCUGAAGAGGUUGAACUUGAUGAUUUCCAUGCUUUGGAAACUAGAAGCAAAUCAAGCGCACACACUGGCGAACAUGGCGUGGACGAGUACCCGGACAUCAGUGGCAUCACCACAGCCAGAGAAGCCAUGGGUAAAAUGCCGGAGGAAGACAAGCAGAAGAUCUUGCAACAGGUCGAGUUCUUCAGAAACGAGAAGCUCAAAUUCGACAGGGAAGUUGCCAAAUGGGACGACACAGGCAACGACAUCAUUGUACUUGCCAAGCACAUGUGCAUGAUUAUGAUGGAAAUGACGGACUUCACACGUGGCCGUGGUCCAUUGAAGACUACAAUGGAUGUAAUCAACGCAGCCAAGAAGAUUUCCGAGGCCGGCACUAAGCUGGACAAACUGACCAGACAAAUCGCCGAUCAGUGUCCUGAGAGUUCCACCAAAAAAGAUUUAUUGGCCUACUUGCAACGUAUUGCCUUGUAUUGUCAUCAGAUGAAUAUCACAUCCAAAGUAAAGGCUGAUGUUCAGAAUAUCAGUGGUGAACUAAUUGUAUCUGGGUUGGACAGUGCUACAUCUCUGAUUCAAGCUGCAAAGAAUUUAAUGAAUGCUGUUGUUUUGACUGUGAAAGCUUCUUAUGUGGCAUCUACCAAAUACCCGAGACAAGCGACUGUGACUUUACCAAUUGUAUGGAAGAUGAAGGCCCCCGAAAAGAAGCCUUUGGUUAGACCCGAGAAACCGGAGGAAGUUCGUGCCAAAGUAAGGAAAGGUUCACAGAAGAAAGUACAAAAUCCGAUCGUCGCAUUGUCAGAAUUCCAAAGUCCGACGGAGUCUGUAUAAAAGAUAUGAUUUAAUUACUGAGAGCUUGGGAAAAUUAAAUGGUAUAUAAUCAUACUUAGGCGUAUAUAUUUAUUUAAAGAUUUGUAACAAUUAGUAUUUUCAUCCUUUAUACACACUGUGAGUCAAUUUUCUAAAAAUUCUCCCUCGAUCUCAGAUGUUAAUUUUCAAUAUAAGUAUUAUAGAGAAAAAUAUACAUGGUUAUAUUGGUAUUCCUUUAAUAAGUGCAUUUAUAUUACACAAUCUAGUAGAUGUUUAGUGUUUUGACUUAAGUUAAAGGAUCAAAUAAUUGAAACAAAAAGUGAGAAUUUCGUUGUGUCAAUCAAAUUUUUCGGUAUGUUGCUUUUCAGAUGACAUAUCAACAAUUUUUCAAUAUGCUUAAGCAGUAUUUACUUGCGCAAUGAAUGUAUUAACUUCAUAUGGUUUAGUAGAUAUAGAUUUUUAUUAUUUUUACAUUUUUAUGUAUUUUAUAUUCGACAUUAUUUUAUUCUAAACCAAAUAAAACGCAUUUUAAUAUUUAUUGAAA